AUGUGCACCAGCGGCCAGAUCAUUGGGAGCCUGCUGGUGCUCUCUGUGCUGGAGAUAGGGCUGGGGGCGUCCAGCGUGGCCGUGGGGGCAGUCAGCUUCAGCCUGGCCCUCAGAGAGCACCAGCCGCAGCUUGGAGACUCCUCUCCGGUAUGGAGCGGGCUGUGUUUUCUGCUUUGCGGCAUUUGUGGAAUUCUGUGCGCCAAAAAAAAGUCCGGACUUGUUAUGAUCCUUUUUUCGGCUUGCUGCAUCUGUGGGCUAAUUGGCGGCAUCUUGAACUUCCAGUUCCUCCGAGCAGUCACCAAGAAGACGUCCUCCCUGUACCCACUGCGCCUGGCUUCCAUGUCUCUUGCCUGCAUUGGGAUUGGGGGCUGUACGCUUUCCUCUUGGCUUACUUGCCGCCUGGCAAGCUACGAACAAAGACGCAUGUUCUCUGAACGAGAGCAUUCCUUGCACCAUUCCCACGAAAUGGCAGAAAAAAGAUUGAGGGCUAUUGAAAUAACCGACUUGCCCAGCUGCCCGGUGGUGCCCCCGACACCAGAGUUACCUACAAGGAAAGGAUAUACCAAAGGACUCUUCCAAUAUGGAAACACCGUCGGCUUUACUGCCAGGUUUCUGAAGUUAUGA